AGAGUAUUUUUAAGAAUAUUCAUAUUUAACGAAAUUGGGAUUAUAACAACACGUUGUAACAACAGGAUUUCUCCUCGCGGUUUGUUUUAACGAGAUAUAUUUGGUGUGAUUGCAACUAUAUAACUGCCGUCAUAAUGAGCUUAUGUGGGCGCCCUUAUGCGAUUACGUUCCACUUAUUACGCGUAAGAUGGCAUAUAUAGACGCAUCAAAUACGGUAUUGCUUUAGUCUUAACCAAUACAUAUUUCACGUCGCAAGAAUAAGUUACACAGGACGCUGUCAGAAUUCUUUCAUCGUAAAACUCUUUCCAAAUGGCAAAAGUACCUACGUUUAUGUGGAUGUUACUUACGGCGGCUGCAAUAACACAGGGGAAACCACCGUAUCCGUCAAUCGACGAAUCCAUCAAUGAGGUCGAUCAUAACGCGAAAUCACAAAGAAAUCUACCCGAAUCAAAGCAACUGGAAGAAAACUCUGCUUUAUCGACUAACGAGACAUCAAUAACGGCCACUACGCAAAUUGAUGCAACAAACUCGGCAGCUGAUAUCAUAAUCGACACGACCGUACGACCUGUAACGACAACAUCUCUUGUAAAACCGGGCCCGCUUUCCUGGUUCUUAACGCCGCUGACGCAAAAGAUCCAGUUCUCACCACAAUCGUUCCUACAAGAUCGCCUAACGCUGUUGAAAGAAACGCUGAAUAAUCUGGGCAUCAACGUGCUACCAAACGCGACAGCGAAGCAAUUACUUAACCCCGGCGGUCUGGUGCACUUCGUGGGCCCAAAUGACUCCGGUUUCUACACAAAUCGGUUAGAACCGGCUGGUUUCCUAGGCGGUAACGGCUGGUUCGCCAACAAGGGCGGCAUUCUCGGCGGACCCGGAGCCAUAGUCUCCACUGGCAGCCUCUUGACGGAUUAUCCGACAGCUUACAGGCGAAAGUAGGACGAGCUGAAGUAUCGUUUAUUCAAAUGUGUAUGAAUAAACAAAGAAUGAGAAUCGCGUCAGCACGUGAAAUAGGGGACUUGGUGCAUAACUUUUUCACUAAAGGAUUGUUCCGAGAAUUUUUCAAAAUUUGUCAAGUCGUGUUUAUGAAAUGAUUAAGGUAAAAAACGCUAUGUAUAAAAAGCUUUCAAUAUCAAAAGACAUCAGAAGCUUUUUCAUUGUAAAUUAUUAUAAACAAAAAGAUUUUGACGAAUCAAGCUUGAAAAAAAUUCAUAAAUUAAUAUUAAAUAAAUUAUAUAAACUUAAAUUUAGUCUGAU